UUGCUCCUGCCAGGCCGGCCCGCCCGCCGCGGCGGCGCUGCUCGUUGGGAGGCGGAGGAGCUGCGCAAGCUGAGCCGCCGCCGCCGCCGCUGCUGCUUCCCGCUGCGGAGUGGAGAGCGCAAGUUCCUCUGAAGUAUGGAGUCCUGUUUCAGCAGUUUCAGGCAUGUGCCGCAGCAGCAGGACUCUGGGGUCCCGCUCAAGCUGGCCAGUGACGAGGCCCAAAAGGCAAAGAAGGCAGGCUCCUAUGGAGUCAGUAUUCGGGUCCAAGGGAUUGAUGGGCAUCCGUAUAUUGUGCUCAACAAUACAGAAGGAGGAGGCCUGUCUGAGGAUCACCUGGCAUCUGAAAAUGGUCCGCAGGCUGCAUCUCAGACACCUCCUAGAUCAGUGCCAAUCUCCUCUUCUGCUCCUGAUCUUGAGAAGAAAAUUGGAGACAGCAGGCAAUUUUGGGGAACCUGCAGUGCACCACCGAGUCUGUUUAAAAGCCUAAAGCAGGCAAGCAUGGACGAGGGAGAGAACCCUGCGUCGCAAUUCAAAGGUGCCUCCCCUCAGUCCUCCAGCCUACUGAAUUUCCAGAGGCAUCCUGAGCUUCUGCAGCCCUAUGAUCCUGACAAGAGUAUCUUGAACUUGCAUGGCUUUCCUCCACCUCUGUUCAGUAAGCCCCAAACUCUUGCAGAUGAAGCGAAACACGAUCCCAAGCCUUGGAGUUCACCACAGAAAGCUGUACCAUUGGAUAGAACAAACUUCCAGUUGGCAGAGCUGGCCAAAUCAAAAGCAAAAACUGUGGAUUUGACCAAGCCUGCAGCAGAGGAAGACCGAAGCCUGCAGGAACUGGAAUGUGCGAGUGGCAUGGACAGACCUAAUGGAAUGCACGAAUUGCUUCCUUCUAGUGGUGGAUCUCCAUAUGCUGUAAGCUCACCCACCUACCAGGAAACAAAGAAAUGUAGACCUGACCUCCUUCCUUUUCGCAGACAAGAUUCAGCAGGAUCCAUCCUGAACGGCUCAUGGCGGUCAUCUUCUUCAUCAACAACUCCAACUUCUGCAGCUUCUUUGUACAAGUUCUUCCUGGAUGACCAAGAGUGUGCCAUCUAUGCUGACAAUGUUAACCGGCACCAAAACAGAAGGUACAUCCCCUUUUUGCCUGGAACUGGUCGUGAUAUUGAUACUGGUUCAAUUCCUGCAGUCGAUCAGCUUAUUGAAAAAUUUGACAAGAAGGUUGGUCCCCACAGAAGAGGCAGAUUGGGAAUUAGGAACAGGAUCCAUCCAGAUGACCGCAAGCGGUCAAGGAGUGUGGACAGUGCUCUGUCCUGUGGCCUCAAGAUGAAUCCUGAUUGUUUAGAUGAAUUUAGCAAAAGUUUGGGAACGUCUUCUGAACACUUACUACAACCGUCAAAAGUUUGCCUUCAGAAGCAAUUGUCUCCCGAGCAGAAGUCAGCCUCUCAUGGGGAACAGCCUGCCCUUCGGACUGUUGGCAAGCUCCAAGCAGCACAGAGAGACUCUCCUGGAAGCCAGUUCAAUUCUUUGCAGUGUCAUAAGGGAAGGAGAAUCUCUGCUGAGAGCUUGACGUAUAAAUCAUCCACCCUUCCAGUCCAGAAUAAAAAAAGUGAACAGAAAAUGGUGACUUCCACUCUCUUGUUACCGAACUGUGUUGCAACUCAGAAAAUUUAUGUGAAACCACUUGCUGCUUCUGCUUCAAAUGCUCAGGUGACUCCUGAUCUGCUAAAGGACCAGCAGCAACUUGCGCAGCAAACCAAUGAGGAAACCGCCAAGCAGAUCCUUUACAACUAUCUUAAGGAAGGGAGCAGUGAAAAUGAUGAUGCAACGAAGAGAAAGGUCAACUUGGUGUUUGAGAAAAUCCAGACCUUGAAGUCCAGAGCGGCUGGGAGUACGCAGGUUUCUGACACUUCAGCUGAAGUCAAAGAACUGAGGGAACAGAAGCAGGCGCUGGAAAAGGUGGUUUCUGAGUUGCAGAGAAAGCUGGAACUGGAAGUCAGGAAUCAGCAGAACCUCAAAGAUGAGAGAGACGCAACCCGAGCAGAGCUGAGGGAGCUUCAGCGCCGGCUUGAAGAAAGCCUGGAGGAGAAGGAGGCCUUCAGCAAGCAGCUCGAGGAAAGCGAGAAGGAGCUCCGGCAACACCUGGAGGAGCUCUUCCAAGUGAAAAUGGAGAGGGAGCAGCAUCAGACGGAAAUACGAGACCUGCAGGACCAACUGUCGGAGAUGCAUGACGAGCUGGAUGGCGCAAAGCGUGCCGAGGAUGGCGAGAAGGAGCUCCUCGUGGAGGAGCUGCUGCAGCUGAAGGAGGAGCUGCCAGCCGUCCUGCUGGCCAAAGAGCAGCUGGAGGAGCUGCUGCGCAGGCGGGAGCGCGAACUGACGGCCCUCAAGGGAGCCCUGAAGGAAGAGGUGUCCGGCCACGACCAGGAGCUGGACCAGCUCAGAGAGCAGCACAGCCGGGAGCUCCAGGCUCGGAGGCAGGCGCUGGCAGAAGCUGCGGAGCAAGUGGCAGGCCUGUCCCGGGCCAAGGCUGCCGCGGAAGAGAUGCACAGGAGGGCAGAAGAGCGAGCGAGGGAGAUGGAGGAAGAAAGCCAGCAGCUGCGGGGAAGCCUAGCCAAGCUGGAGAGCCAAAGGCAGGGCCUCUGCCACGAAAUUGACGGCCUGCGAGGAGCAGCCGAGGAAACGGAGGCGAGACGAAAGCAAUUCGAGAAAGACAAGCUGCACUUGGAGGAGACCUUGGCUUGUGCCGAAGAGAGAGGCCAGGAGCUGGCAUUGGCCAAAACCUCUCUGGAAGCCCAGCUGCAGGAUGCGGAGAAAAACAUCAGUUGGCUAAGCCAGGAGCAGCAACAGUUAAAUGACCGGCUGAAAGAUGAAGCGAACCAGAAAGAUCAGUUGAAGAGGAUGAAGAGUGAACUGGAGAAUGAGCGGUGGCAACUGGACAAGACCAUUGAGAAGUUGCACAAGGAGAUGGCUGAAAUUGUAGAGGUUUCCCGGACGUCAACCCAAGAGCUCCAGAACCAGCUUGAUGAAUACAAGGAGAAGAACCGCAGGGAACUUGCUGAGACGCAGAGACAGUUGAAAGACAAAAACCUUGAGUUAGAAAAGGCACGCCUGACAGCCAUCAAAAUGCAGGAGGAGAUGCGUUUUAUGGAAGAAGAAUUACGGGAUCACCAGAGAGCCCAAGAUGAGGCUAUUACUAAAACGCAGAUUCUGGAACAGACUGUGAAAGCCUUGGAAUAUGAACUGGAAGCCAAAAGCCACUUGAAAGAAGACUGGGCAAGACAAGCCAAGAUCGUGGAGGACAAGAUGUCUCAACUGGAAUUCGAGCUUGAAGAAGAAAGGAACAAUUCAGACAUUUUGUCAGAAAGAAUCAGCCGGUGCAGAGAGCAGAUUGAGCAAAUGAGGAAUGAACUACUCCAGGAAAGAGCUGCUAGGCAGGAUUUGGAGUGUGACAAGAUUUCACUGGAAAGACAGAACAAAGAUUUGAAAAGUCGAAUCCUUCACCUUGAAGGCUCCUACCGGUCCAACAAAGAAGGGCUCGUGGUUCAAAUGGAAGCCAGGAUUGUGGAGCUGGAGGGGCGGCUAGAGAAUGAAGAGCGGGAUCGGGCUAACCUCCAGCUGAGUAACCGCAGGCUUGAAAGGAAAGUGAAAGAGCUGGUGAUGCAAGUGGAUGAUGAACACCUGUCCCUGACAGACCAGAAGGACCAGCUUAGCUUGCGUUUGAAAGCAAUGAAGCGCCAAGUGGAGGAGGCGGAAGAAGAAAUAGACAGGCUGGAAAGUGCCAAGAAGAAACUUCAGAGGGAGCUGGAAGAGCAAGUGGACUUGAACGACCAGCUCCAAGGGCAGCUGAAUGCAGUCAAAAAGGAACUCAGCAGGCGCAGGAAGACCUCAAGUAAAAUGCUGAGUGACCUGGAUGACGAGGACGAUGAGGACGAUUUCAGCACUGAUGGGGAGAGCCUUUACGAAGCACCUUCUGGAUUUAAAUAUGUAAAGGAUGAUGACAUCAAAAGCGAAAAAUGAAGCAAUCCCUUAACUCUGUCAGGGUGACGGAUGCUCCAUGGAUGCUCCUCCCUAACUAGUUGUUAGGGAACUCCAGACCCCUGAAAGCCAUGGCUGCAGGAACUGGAGUGCCGGGAGAAUUUUAACUAGCCUUCCAUAGUGUGUGCCAUUUUUAGACUUGGAUCAAUAUCAGAAAUAAACAUUUUAAACCAGAAAUAACUUGCCUUCCAAACCAUCUAGAAAUACCAUAGGUGCCUAAAACCAUGGAGGGCAUACAGCUCAAUUAUGGUGAUGUCUUCAGCAGAAAUAGGAUUCUUACUAAACAUUCUCUUCUAAGGUGCAAGAGCAUUUCUGCUGCUGAGGAACCUCAGCUGAGUCUAUCUGUAAUGAAUGCUACAGAUAAAACAAGAGAGCAAAGGGUAUUAUUUAACCACUGUAAGUGGAGGAAAUCAUGUAUGGAAUGUACAUAUUUUAAAGUAGACAUUUUUAUGAACCAUUCUAGUGCCACUUUUUGUAAAGCUGUGGUUUUAUAGAACAUGUGAAAAGUGCAGAAAUUUUCAUGGAGUAUCAUAGUGGGUUUUUAAGUUUAAAAAGCCAGUUACAUGAGAGGCAAGUUUUUAGUUCUCAAAGUGAGUGGGAUGACCCAGUGGCAGAGUCAGAACAGCUCUUACUCUCAGAGCUGUGUGUAGACCAUUUGGAGCAAGGUCUUAGCAUUGAGGUGUGUACUUCUAAUACCCAGGUUCUCCAAGGCCACCCUCACUUUGCCUUCCACAGAUAGUGUUGGGUAGCCCUAGGAUAGCCCAUCUGAGAUUUGAUUGUGCACUACUGGAGUGAAGAGACGGGAAUUUGCUCCUGCGAGGAGAUUCCACGCCCAGUGACCAUCUCAAGAUGAAUGCAGAAUGUCCUUGCGUUGCAGCAGGGUUUCCAGAAGCACACACGCAGCCUGCAGUGUGCCUAGAGCCUCUUUAGCUGCUGAGGCCUUCCACCAUUCGUGAGAGCUCCCUGUGGAGAAGAGGUUCACCUGUGGAUAUGCAAAAGCUGUCCCCCGCCCAUCAGCAAGGGCUCAUUCCCAGCAAAGCACCUGACACAAGGUGGACACAGAACUCGUGACGUCAGAAGCCUUUGAGCUACCGUGCUGCAGAGCUGACUGGAGCCCAAACUGAGGCAGGAGAGACUUGCUCCCCCAGCCCCAAAGCUGCCAUGACUUCUGACACGUUGGCUUCUGACACGUGGAUCUGGCCUCCUGGAUCGCCCUUUGUAAGCCCGAAUAAACAUGUGGGGAAAGGAGUUUCCCCCCGCCUUGUUUUAUGGUGGUCUUGCUUGCUUGCAUUUAUCUGUAGGAGUCUGCGAGUCUGCUGUCGGGGUCUCUGUGUCUAUUUUGAAAGGUCUUGUUGCAAGUUGCUGUCUUCUGUUAACUGAUGCACUGCUCCUCUUUUCUCCACAGCCACACUCUGCAGUGUUUCCAAAAGGGUAGUCUGCUACAUUUGGUGGAAGCUGCAUUAGCUAGAGUCACCUUGAGGCUUGGAUCAGUUUUGGGAAUCCAUGGUUAAAACAUAGUGGGAAUAAGCUGACUUUGAAUGCUUCUCUGUUAGCAACUAGGGAACAUGCUUCGAUUCACUGUGGGGACAAAGAGAACGUUUCUCUUUGAAUUAUGGUGACUUUAGUUAUCCUGGAAGCAGCAAAAUCCACCCAGUUCUGCAAGGCUGCCUGUGUAAGAGGCUGCUAAAGGAUGCACUAAAAGGGGUGAAACAAGAACAAGUCUUGCUGAAAGGGUACGUGGCAUCCGUGCAGAGCACUGCUUUGAAUAAGAUCCAGAGCUGCCUUUGGCUUCACAGGAGUCAGAUGCAGAGCCAUUUCAAGUCCUUGUGAAUCCAAACAAUCAGGCCUGCAUGCCUCCAUUGUGUGUACACAAUACAGCCGCUAAACGGGCAGCACCAUAGACAAGUCCUGAAGGCGAUGGAGAAGGCAGUCCACAUAGCUUGCACGUGUCUGAAUAAGCACACCCAAGCACAGGCACUGAAGACUCGGUUGAAAAUGGCAGCUCCUUAGUUUUAGAUCACCUGGGCUGCAGCCUGAUUCUGUUCAUGCUGGGUAAAAGUUUCCAUGGACUGGUAGAGGCUUGGGGAGGUCUGGGCGUGAAGAGAGGCCCCAAAGCCCUGAGAGUGGCUAGCAGAGGAGGUGACAGAGUGGUCUGACCCCCAGGUAAGUUCUCCCAUGCAAGCCUCACUGGAACAAAGAGGGACUUGCCAAGGAGAUGGUGGGUGGUGCCCCAUCUGACUUUGCUGGAGGCGGGGUGCCACCUCAGCCACCAUGUGAGCCUGGCUUCCUUUCAUGGCAAUGCAUAGGGUUAGGGUUAGGGUUAGGGUUGUCAAUUGCCUGCAAUGAUGUCAGCUUCUAGAGAAAUCCCUAUAAACGGGGUAAUGGGAAUCUUUCAAGCAUGCAUGGUUUCUGGCCAGCAUUGUGGGUCUUCCUCUCAUUUCAUCAGCACUCCUCCCCUCCCCCUAUGUAACUCCUGACCCAGCGGCAUCAAUGAGACAUGACACUGUGGGAUGAAGCAUUUUUAGAACGAAUCAAGAAACUGGAAGCCUAUUGUGUUGACAAUCAAGAGAUGUAGUCUGUUGUGAUUUAUUUUUGUGCUGAAAUUUUAUAAUAUAGACUUUAUUUUACACAACUGGAUAUAGUUCUUUUUAGCAGUUCUUCCACAUUUUGCCUUAACAAGUAUAGGACAGACUCCACUUGGAAGUUCUCCUGUGCAGACCUUCUUGGUUUCCAAGACUUGUGCAGAAGAACUUCCUGGGGGGUUGUGCCCGUAAAUGGAGAUGUGUUCUCAAGCCAUGUGAGAAAAUACCAAGUCAUUUUGCAGCUACCUCCAGUUAUUCCCAACUGUAAAAGAUGAGAGACGCUUUGAAAUAAACUGCAUUGGCCAAA